AGCACAGUUUGAGGAAAACAUCCGACAAUAUGUGUAGAGUGCUCUUUGCAGUUUUCUGUGUUUUGGUUUGCCUAUCUUUCAAUGUCCACGCGGCAACCGUCACACUUUGUGGCGGUAAUGUAGUAGAUGUCCAGGCAACGGGAAUUCAACAAGUUUUUACAAAUUACUCAACCUUGACGACGGUUUUGGACAGCGUAGACGCGCGGUCCAAUUUAGAAUGCAUCACUAAAUGUUCCCAGAAUGGUCACUGUGCCGCGGUUGUAUUCAGAGAGAGAGACCAGAGCUGUGACCUGUUAGAUAGUCAGCAGGACGUCACCCAUUACUCGUCAUCUGAGAAAACAGGAAUAUUGGUCUCCAAUGUGGACAUCGUGUUGUCAAACCCGCUCCGCACCGACCAGUCAAGUGGCACUGCCGUGUGUUCAAAAUGGCCGUGUACGGAUACUUCUCGCUGCCGUGAGGAUUGCACCAGCGGAGAGGCCGUCUGUUUGGGAAAUACGAAAGAUUGUGACGAAGCACCGGUGACCAAUAUUCAUUACGAAGGUUAUCCGAGCAGCUUUGGAGGCGUAAACGGCGACGGCCCGAGCUACACAUAUGUAAAGCAACAGUCCAGCACCGGGCUUCGAAUUUCCUACAGUGGAACAAUCCGCGCCGCCAUAGCGUGUAACGGUUGUGCCACUGGAUUCUACUUCAAGAUUAACGGGGCAGAAUGUUCCAACCCAGGCACCAUCGAAUUUGUGGAGUACCAUGCCUCACGCAGAGACAAGCACGAGCACGGAUCAUUCUCUGGUAUUUGCUGGGGAAUUGCUGCAGGUACUCUCACCAUACAGAUACACAUCCGAGACAGGGGUGGUGGGGCGGACGCUCACAUGGGAUGGAACUCAUACGGGUAUUUCGCAUUUGAGGAGAUAGGACCAACCGGCACUGGGUCAUGUGAUUCAUAUACUUUGUUCAACGUUAAAGAGUUUACCCUCCACCAGGAGAUUUCAACACGAGAUGAAAAUGCAUACAUGACGGAAACCUACACAAAGCGGGCAUCGGACACUAGUUUAGCAGUGUUCUUUACUGGCACGCUUCACGAGUAUGGAAAUGGUCACUGCGCAAGAUGGUACUUUAAGUUUAAUGGAAAUGAGUGCUCAAAUCCGGGGAUAAUCGACGCAUUCAUAUAUAACAACGGCGAUAACAAUCCACACACCUACAGGACAUUUGAGUUUUCUGGAAUCUGUAACGGUUUUUCGGCCGGAGACGUUACAAUAAGCCUACAUACAGGGAGUUGUAGCUGGACGGGUGGCCAACAUAGCCCUACGACCGGCUGGACCACCAUUUCUAGAAUAAGAGUGGAAGAGACUAGACUUGGCGUUGACGUCAGCGCUCUGGUGGGAACAUCCGGCAUUUCGGCUCUUAGGCUCCCCGUCUUCAAUCGCCAGUACUGGUGGUACCCUGUGAUGAAUUUUGAUUCGGAAAGGACAACGGUCAAAAGUGAGACAUAUAGCAAGAAGUCUGCUCUUACUGCUCUGAGAGUCCUAUGGAAUGGAGACACCCGUCAGUGGAACAACGGCCAAUGUGCCCGGUGGUACUUUACAUUUAACGGCACAGAGUGCAGCAAUCCAGGCACCAUAGAAAGUGUUAAAUACGCCUACUACUAUGAUGCAAGCUCUGUCAAUUUACAUAGCCCAUUCACAGUACAAGGAACAUGUGUGGGUCUGCCAGCUGGGGACAUCACUUUGAAUUUUGCCGUGUCUCAUUGUUCUGGAUACAGUGGGGAAAACGCCUUCACCGCCUGGGGGAGUGCAAGCAAUAUGAUGGCAGAAGAAAUUUUCCUGGACACCUACUGA